UAUCCCUUAAGAGUUUGGAAUUAAACAAUGCAAUCAUCAGAUGCGUAUACUCUCCAAGUAUGUUACCUAUUAAGAGGUGUAGCAGGAAAAGGAACGCCGGUAACCCAGUGGCCAACUGAGAGGUGACAUCGAACGAUUACGCCCGCCGAGCCUCCAUUCCGUACCGGUAUCUGCGCUAGCACACACCGCGACCAGACCACGCACGCGCCUAUACCAUCCGGACUAUAGGUACGAUGCUUGCACCCAGGGGUGAGCUCUAUUGUCUUUCAAAACGAAACGCGAUGGACGCGCGCUGCAUCACAAUCAGUGUAGAGAGUUUUGGCGGCAUGUGAAUACAAAGUCGUCGUCGAUAACGCAUCGGACAGACAAAUUACUGAAGGAAGGACUAUUGGCUGAUGAAGACGUCAGUCAGACAAUUGAAGUGUUUGUGUGUUUGUGAAGGACCCGGCUGUGAUAUCCGUACAUUUUGUGCCCGAGUGAGCUAGGGAUCUGCGAUUAAAUGAAUCUAUAAACCUGUUGAUAUAACGGGCUUCACAAUGGACUCAACGAUACCGCGCGUCAUACUCAGUAUAGUUCUGGCCGCCUUGCUGCCUAUGGCGUCUCCUCACCAAGGCCAAGCCAAGGAGAACAUCCCUCACUCCAGGCAGAAGAGGAUACUCUGGAUCACCAAUGAUGGCCGGCUGGCGUUGCCUCCUGGAACGACCAUGACGAUAACGCCUUCUUUGUCGAUGCCGUUUGUAAGGCAUCCGCCGAAGGGGUUUUUGUCUAACGUCUCAAUUAAUUUUCCUUUUACAAGUACACUAAAGUACGAGGUGCAGUUUAUGAUUGAUUUCGACAAAUUGGGUCUCACGGAUAACGAGAAUCCCUACGGCACGCUGCCACCGAUCCUAGCCCGGUCCAUGGGGAGCGCUGCUGCGUCAAUGAUGGCACAAUAUGUGGGGCAGUACUUGGAGAGAAGACGGGGGAAAAGAGCAGCAGAUGUGCCUCCGGAGGUGGAGACGGCGAUAUUGGACCGAUUGCAUGGAGGAGAGAGAGCCAUAAUGUACAGCAUCGCAGAGGAUAUGUUCACGAACUUCGGGAUGGAAGGCCGGGAGUGCCUCCUGCGCGCCAUCUGCGAGAUCCACGCGCACCCUCUCACCAAUUUCGGCUUCCUCGGAGAAGUCAUGAAGCUGUUCUUUACGCCCAGCAAAUCUCCGUAUGCAACUCUGCUGUCAGAGUAUGUAGAAGCCCAGAAAGCAGGUGAAAAGGGCGGCGAAUGUUGGCCGUACUACCGGCUCUGCCCUCGAAGCAUCUUUCAACCCUCACCCAACAAAUACUCGAAAGACGCAGAGGAUCUACACAGGCGGCAAGAACACGACAACAUAGACAACAAUAUUGAUAUAGACGGAAUACGAGCGAUGUAGUGAACGGGCGAUACCAGGAUCGGAUCUAGGACAAAAGUUUUAUCUAGCCAGUGGUACAUAUUAAAACCAGUCAUCGGAUCUUAUUGGAUAUUUAAGAAAAUUUUUGUAAUAAAACUUUUGACCAACCAGAAAAGAAGAAAGGGACCCAAAAGAUUAGCAUAGUCCAAAGAGGUAGAUGUAAUGCAUACUUGUUUUCCUUCGUAUUUUCUCGGAAACGUUCGCAUUUGUCAUGCUACUUCAAUCAACCUCGGUACUUUUUGUACCGAGACUGACUGAAAUUGAAAGACGUUCGUACGUUUCCGUGUAAAUACGAAGGAAAAUAAUUAUGCACUACGUAUGAGACGUGUCAUCUCAUAAAUCUGAAUACCAAGGCUACAGCGUAUGAUGGUAUCAGUGAUGCCUCCGUUUUGAUUUUAGAAAAAUCACUCCGCUAGGUUCUAGAUUCGGUCUUGGAUAAAGUGCCAGUAGAUUGUCCCAAAAUUAGUGUAGUCUCCGACCAAAGUUGUUCGUAAUUAGUCUAAAUUAUUUAUUCAUUAGUGCCAUUCCGUGAUGCAUUUAUCUCGACACUCUUUACAGUAUAGCCGACCGUUUUGAUAUUACAUACGUUUUCAUGUACCUAUGAAUCUCUAAAUGCCUUUUAUAAAACUAGGAGUUUACUUAUCAAUUUGUCACAAGUAUGAGCUAUCUUUAUAUCGUAAAAAUUAGAAGCUCUUAAUGAAUGAGGUUUUGAAUUUCACUUUAUCUUUGUGUUAAGUAUGUUUUAUUGUGCAAAUGUUUUACUGUUGAAUUUUAAGUAAGAAUGUCAAAGUCCUACGUAGCUAGUGAUUUUUGUAAAUUGAAUAUGUUUAAGUCAUUAAAUAAGAAUAUUAUAAUAAAUGUUACUAGUAAAAUUUUA